AUGGCCUCCGAAAACCCGCUUCCGGAUAGCAGCUUGCCUGUGAAGGUCGCUGAGCCGGAUCUCAGCGCGCCGCCGUCUCUUGCCGAACCUGCUAGUGGUCCUGCUGCGGCCAUACCUGGAGCCGAGGGCAACGCAUCAGUUGACAAGCCCGCUGCCAAAGGCAAACCUCCCUGCAACACAUUUCAACUGUUCUGUGCUAACUAUAAACCAGCUCCUGAGCCUGCUGUGAACGGUGCGAAUGAUUCCGCGCCUCAAGAAGCUCCUGCCGACGCGCCUCCGCCGCCCUCCAAAGAGUCGGCAGCUGAUGGCGCCGCGCCCUCCCCAGCCGAGCCAGCUUCAGAAGAGUCGGCGCCAAAGACGGCCGAGCAACCUGCGCCAGAGUCUACCGCCGAUGAGACCACGGCCGAUGCCAAUGGUACACCUGGUGCCAAGAAAGGCUCCAAUGGGAAGAGAAAAUCUGUGGUUCCAGAGCACAACAAGAAGCUGAACAAGAAAAAAUCCGCAGCCAAAAUCACGCAUCUCGAUGCGCAGCCCGGAGAUUAUUAUUUCGCGCGUCUCAAGAGCUACCCGCCGUGGCCUGCUAUCGUCUGCGACGAGGACAUCCUGCCCAGCACCCUACUCAACACGCGGCCAGUCACCACCAAGAAGGUCGAUGGCACCUACAACGAGGCCUACGCUGAUGGCGGCAAGAAGGUCUCUGAGCGGACGUUCCCGGUCAUGUUCCUACAUACGAAUGAAUUUGCCUGGAUUCCCAACACAGACCUAGCUGACCUGGAUCCGGAGCAAUGCAAGAACGCGUCGGAGAAAGGCAAGACCAAGGCUCUCGUGGCUGCUUACGCGGUCGCCGCUGAGAACCAUGAUCUUGACCAUUUCAAGAAUAUGCUGGCUGAGCACGCCAAAGCCAUGGAGGAGGACGAGAUCCGGAAGCACGAAGAGCAACAAGCGAAGCUCGAGGCGAAGAGCAAGGCAAAAGCAGACAAGAAAAAGCGCAAGAGCGAGCCCAAGCCAAAGGCCGCCGACGAUGACGAGGAUCUUGAGAUGGCGGACGUCGAUGAUUCUGCAGAAGUCAAGAAAUCGUCAAAGAAGCGCAAGAAGGUCGCCGAUAGUGAUGAUGAAGCGGUUGAGAAACCUGCGAAGACUCCCAAGACCAAGCUGAAGCUGACGACCAAGCCACAAACUGCUGAAAAGCCGGCCAAAAAGCCCGCGAAGAAGACCGAGAAACGCAAAUCCAAGGCUGCCGCCGAGGAUGUUGAGGAUAUGCCCGAUGCGCCAGAGGAAGAAGAGCCACCUAAGCAGCUCGAUCCUGCUGCGCAGAGGAAAGCUCGUGAAAAAGAAGUUCUGUUCCUUCGUCAUAGACUUCAGAAGGGCUUCCUGACCCGUGACCAAGCUCCUCAGGAGGACGAUAUGCCUCAGAUGUCUCAGUAUAUCAAGAAACUUGAAGACUAUGAAGAUCUCGAAGUCAGCAUCAUCCGCACCACCAAGAUCAACAAGGUUUUGAAGGCCUUGAUCAAGCUUAACACUAUCCCCAAAGAUGAAGAGUUCGCCUUUCGGAAGCGCUCGGUGGAUCUUCUGAGCAAAUGGACCAAGAUACUUGGUGCAGAGCCGCAGGAAUCCGAGGAUAAGGAGACAGCCAAGUCGACCCCUGCAACAAAUGGUGUUCACGAGAACGGUGCUGGGGAGACGGAGGAGGCCAAAAAGGACGAGCCGGCUCCGGCAGCCGAGCCUGAGCCUGAGCCAGCUGACAAGACACCGGCUACUGAGCAGAAGGAAGAGCCAAAGCCAGCGGAGCCAGAUGCAGCCCCCGCCACUUCUGAGGAGAAGCCUGCUGAAGCUGCUGCCCCAGCUCCUGCCCCAGCGGUCGAAGAGCCCAAGACGGAGGUUUCUGCUGCUACUGCUGUCGAACCAUCCACCAGCGACAAGGCGCCAGAGUCGGCCCCGGGCGCGGCAGAGGCCAUCGACACCGUCAAGGCCAGCGAGUAA